AUGGGAAAGAAGAAACGAUACGUUCAAAGUUGUGAUUUAGAAUGUUACAACUUUAAUUAUGAAAGUAUUUACAAUGAGAAGGAAUGUAAAGAUUGUUUUUGGGAAUAUUUGUUGUGUACUCAUAAUGAAGAGGCACUAUAUUUCAUUCAAAAAGUACAACAAUUCAAACGAAAGGAUGUUACAUCUAAACAAAAAGCUAAACUCGCUAUCGAAAUAUAUCAUGACUUUAUUAAGGAUGGAGGAAAAUAUGAAUUAAAUCUCUCCUCAAAAGAUAAACAAAGUAUUCAAGACGAAUUUCAAAAAUCAGAUCAAUUAAACCACUCAGACACAUGCACAAUUAAUGAAAAUAUAUUCAACUCUCUUGAACAAACCAUUCAUUUGAGUUUAAAAGAGGCAACAUUUCCUCACUUUGUGAAAUCUCCAAAAUUCAGAGAGUUUGCAUUGCAACAAACUUGUGACUUUCUUGACAAAAUUGGUUAUAGGAGUAAUGUGAAGAAAAUUGACAUUAUUCAACAACUCAAUGCAACAAGUAUAUUGACUUCACCAAGUGCCUCUUCGACCUCAUUCAGUCUGAUGGAUGAUGUAUCAUUACAUAGCUCACAGGGAACUUUUGAAAACUUUUUUGAAAGUACAACAACACAAACCAGUAUGAAUGGAUCCAAGUUGUUGUUGUUGUUCGAAGAAAAUUCCAUAGACCAAGGUUGGAAACUCUUCGACAAACAAUCUCAUAUUACCAUGGAUGACUUUCGUUUCAUGGCUCGCAAAUUAUUAGGAAAAGAUUCCAAGAUGGCAGAUGACAUUGGAAAAUUUAUAUCAAAAACGAUGGGAAACACUUCAGUUACACCAUCUGUGAACAAGUCCUACGAUGGCGAACGCUCAAAAUCUCUUUCAGCACCUUCUACAGCUCAUUCUUCUCAACUUCUUCGUUCUAAUAGCGAUCGUUUACCAUCACUGUCGUUAAGGAAAGGUUCUAUAGAAUCCAGCACUUCUUCUUCUGUAUCAGUUGUGGAAUAUUUUGAAGAUAUUUGGAAAAAAGUUGAAAAGAGACCAUCAACAAACACCCUGUUGACGAACUAUGAGAUUAAAUCACAAGCCUCAGAGGAACAUGACACGGAGAUGUUGGAAUCCCUGAAAAAUAUUCACAUUUUCAAGACCGAGAUGGAGUUUCCUUAUCAUGUCAAAUUUGUGGUGGAGACCCUUGCUAAAGGACAAUACCGAAUUCAAUUUGAUGACAUGUUGAAGGAAUCAUUUUCUUUAGAUUUUUGUCAUCUUCACAAUCCUCCUACUGAAGAAGAGGUACGAAAAGAAGCAUGUGCGUCUGCCAUGCUGCAAGAAGUAUGGAAGUUUUCAUCCUUUGGCUUGUUAAAUUUGAAAGACAGAAGUUUUAUUGUGGAAGCAAGCAUGAUUCAUGACAUUCCUAAUAAUGCUUAUUUAUUGCUCAAAAAGAGCGUUGAUAAUGUCAUUAUAGAUGACAGCGAUUGUGUGAGAGGACGACUUUUGCAACUGCAGGUGUUCCAACAUGCGACGAAAGACAAAACCACCUUCUCAGAUUUUGUUGUUUUAGAUAUGAAAGAUUCAUGUAAUCCUUUAAUUUUUGAAAGUUGUGUUUCCAAGAGGGCUAAAAAUUUGUAUGAAAAAGGUCUUGCGGCUCUGAAAACAAACAUGGAUUUGCACACAAAACAUUUUGCCACCCCUGGUGACAGUGAUAGAAUUUUGGAGACGUUAACCUCUAAUGAGAAAAUCGGGCAUUGUAGUCUCGGAUUUAAAUUAAGGAGCGAUCAUUCUUCUUCUUUAGAUCGAGAUCUGGAUAUGAUCACAACUUUCCAGUCUCUGAAAUGA